CGGCGCGCGGUGUUUAUUUCGUUCGAUCGCAAGUGUUUUGGUGCAUUUUCUUCGCGAAAUCUCCGAACUUCUGUACCUAUCACGUCCGCGUGUGUAGCUGAGCAAGGUAUCGGGGCCCGUCCGUAUAGUAGUUACUUUUGACGUCAAGUGUGUAUACCGUGUACUGUGUGUGGGAGCGCUCGUUCCCGGUUCAUAAUCUAACCACACGCGUCCACUUGUGUCUGUUGACUUCCCCGCGUAGAAGUUCCUGCAGGGGCAUUGGUUGGCUACUGCUGUUCAGUCAGUCGGUAUUGCGAGUUCUAAUCGCGAGCACAUCGCCUCCCGGACGUGAAACUGCCCCGGAUAAGUGAUUCAGUGUGCCUUCGAGAGAAGUUCUGAUUUCGCAUUUUUGCUUCCUACUACGGUGACCGGCGGACAAAAAAUGGCUUUGACCCUGUGCAGCAGUAAGGUGUUCACCGCCUUCCGGAUUAACCAGCGCACCCUGGAGAUCACCAAGGUGCUCGCCUGUCGCUACUCGACAACGAAACGGUGCGGCAAGAUUUUCGAAAACGCCGAGGAAGCCGUUGCCGACAUUCCGGACGGCGCCAAACUGUUGGUGGGCGGUUUCGGGUUGUGUGGCGUUCCGGAGAACCUGAUCGGAGCUUGCGUCAAGAAGGGCAUCAAGGAUCUGACCGUGGUGUCGAACAAUGCCGGUAUCGACACUUUCGGACUGGGAUUGUUCCUUCAGAAGCGCAUGAUCAAACGUAUGAUCGCUUCGUACGUCGGUGAAAAUGCCGAAUUCGAACGGCAGUACCUGACUGGCGAGUUGGAGCUGGAACUCACUCCCCAGGGAACACUGGCCGAACGUAUCCGCGCUGGCGGUGCCGGUGUUCCGGCUUUCUUCACACCCACAGCCUUCGGAACACUGGUGCACGAAGGUGGUGCUCCGAUCAAGUACGGCAAGGACGGAACCGUCGAGAUCGCCAGUCAACCACGACCGAUGCAGAUGUUCAACGGAAAGCCAUACAUCAUGGAGGAGGCCAUCACUGGUGACUUUGCCCUGAUCAAGGCUCACAUUGCUGACGAGGCCGGCAACUUGAUUUUCAACAAAUCAGCACGAAACUUCAACCCAACUAUGUGCAAAGCUGCCAAGACCACCAUUGUUGAAGUGGAGAAGAUUGUCCCGGUCGGUACUCUGGACCCGGACCAGGUUCAUAUGCCAAGCGUAUUCGUUCAUCGGAUCAUCAAGGGAGCCAAGUACGAGAAGCCAAUCGAACGGUUACGAAUCCGUGAACCAAAGAAAGUGGCCUCAGUUGUGGCCUCUACUCCAGCAGCUAAGCAGCGUGAACGCAUUGUGAGGCGGGUUGCCCUCGAAUACAAGGACGGCAUGCACAUCAACUUGGGAAUCGGUAUUCCAGUGCUGUCCUCCAACUACAUCAAGGGAAUCAACGUGUUGCUCCAAUCGGAGAACGGUAUUCUGGGCCUGGGACCGUUCCCAGAGAAACACGAAGUUGAUCCCGACCUGAUCAAUGCCGGCAAGGAGAGCGUCACCGUUGUGCCUGGAGCUUCGUACUUCUCGUCGGACGACAGCUUCGCUAUGAUCCGCGGAGGACACAUUGACAUCACUGUCCUGGGUGCCAUGCAGGUGUCGCAGUUUGGUGACCUUGCCAACUGGAUGAUUCCCGGUCGCCUGGUGAAGGGCAUGGGAGGAGCUAUGGAUCUGGUGGCAGCCCCCGGCACCAAGUGCAUCGUAACAAUGGAACACACCGCCAAGGAUGGAUCGCACAAAAUUCUCGCCGACUGUUCGCUCCCGGUGACGGGUAAGAACUGUGUCGACAUGAUCAUCACCGAGAAGGCCGUCUUCGAUGUCGACCAGGAACGGGGUUUGAUCCUGAAGGAAAUCGCCGAUGGUGUCAGCGUGGAGGAAGUCAUCACCAGCACGGGAUGCAACUUCGAGGUGUCGCCCGAUCUGAAGCCAAUGGGACAGGUUGCGGAAUAAUCGGUCGGAGAAACGUGAGUGUUUGUGUGUCUGUUUUUAGGAAAUGAUAUUCUAUAUACAUGAUAGCCUAUAUGUAUGAUGGUAUCUCACGAAGGAGGGUGCAAUCGUGCGCAGAUUGCAAACAUUUUUAGGGACUCAGGAAAAAAGCAUUUGUUUCUUAUGGCGGUGUCGUCUACCUGUUGCUUUGGUUGCCACACAAAGAUUACUAUAGUACUAGCUAUAACACGAAAUGUAUACAAAUCAUGCUGUUACAAUUGUUAAGUUAUCCGUAUGGUCAAUUUCAACAUAGUCUCUUUUUAAUACACAGUAUGCUAAACUA